AUGGUCAAGGUCCUUCUCGUACUCUAUGAUGGUGGCCAGCAUGCCAAAGACCAGCCUGGCUUGCUCGGGACGACAGAGAACGAGCUCGGCCUGAGGAAGUAUCUUGAAGAGAAUGGUCAUACCUUGGUUACAACCUCCGACAAGGAGGGAGAGAACUCUACUUUCGACCGUGAGCUCGUUGACGCCGAAAUUAUCAUCACCACCCCCUUUCACCCAGGUUACCUGACCAAGGAACGCCUCGCCAAAGCUAAGAAGCUCAAGCUUGCCAUCACUGCCGGUGUAGGCUCAGACCACGUUGAUCUAGAUGUCGCCAACAAGACCAACGGCGGCAUCACAGUUGCAGAGGUGACCGGUUGCAAUGUCGUGUCUGUGGCGGAACACGUCGUCAUGACCAUCCUUCUCCUUGUCCGUAACUUUGUGCCGGCACACCAACAAGUCACAUGUGGAGAAUGGGACGUGGCAGCCGUUGCUAAGAACUCUUACGAUCUUGAAGACAAGGUUGUUGGCACAGUCGCUGUCGGCCGUAUCGGAGAGCGUGUCCUGCGUCGUCUCAAGCCAUUCGACUGCAAGGAGCUGCUCUACUACGACUACCAACCACUGAAACCAGAGGUUGAGAAGGAGAUUGGUUGCCGUCGGGUUGAGAAUCUUGAGGAGAUGCUUGGACAAUGCGAUAUCGUCACCAUCAAUUGCCCACUGCAUGAGAAGACGCGAGGUCUCUUCAACAAGGAGCUGAUUUCAAAAAUGAAGAAGGGUUCUUGGCUCAUCAACACUGCCCGUGGCGCUAUCGUCGUCAAAGAAGAUGUGGCUGAAGCUGUUAAGUCUGGCCACCUCCGUGGAUAUGGUGGUGAUGUUUGGUUCCCUCAGCCAGCUCCAAAGGACCACCCACUGCGAUAUAUCCAGGGUCCAUGGGGCGGCGGUAACGCGAUGGUGCCUCAUAUGUCUGGCUCAACAAUCGACGCUCAGAUACGAUAUGCUGAAGGCACCAAGGCUAUCCUUGAAUCAUACUUGUCUGGUAAACACGACUAUAGACCUGAAGACCUCAUCGUCCACAAGGGAGAUUAUGCCACUAAGGCAUACGGUGAGAGAAAGUAG